CUCUUCCUCCUCUUCUUUCACUUCUCGACGGGCUUAUGAUGUAUUCUUGAGUUUUAGAGGCGAAGAUACUCGCAAAAAUUUUGCUGGUCAUCUAUACACAGCUUUUCGUCGAAACGGAAUUAACACCUUCAUGGACGACGAGCUUAGAAGUGGAGAAGAAAUUUCCCUAACACUUCUCAAAACCAUUGAAGAGUCUAAGAUUUCAAUCAUUGUACUCUCUAAAAACUACUCAUCAUCGCAAUGGUGCUUGGAUGAGCUAAUGAAGAUUCUCGAGUGUAGAAAAACAAUGGGGCAAAAUGUUCUUCUGUUGUUCUACGGUGUAGAUCCGUCGGAAGUGCGAAAUCAAACCAAUAGUAUGGAGAAGCAUUCGAAUGAACCUGAUUUUAUUCACGAAGUCAUUGAAAAAGUGAAUUCCAUAUUAGUAAAAAAGACAUAUUUCCAAGUUGCCCAAUAUCCAGUUGGAAUAGAGUCCCGUGUGCAAGAUGUGAAGUUGCUUUUAGAUAUGGAGAAGAAUGAUAGUACAUGCAUGGUAGGUAUCUUUGGAAUUGGCGGAAUUGGUAAAACAACUAUCGCCAAAGCCAUCUACAAUUUAAUUGCUUCUCAGUUUGAAGGUAGAUGUUUUCUUGAAAACAUUAGAGAAGCUUCCAGCCAAAAGGGCCUGAUCCAUUUGCAAAAUAAACUUCUUUCUAAGAUCCUAGGAGGUUCAAGUCUAAUGGUUGACAAUGUUGAUCAAGGAAUUUCUUUGAUAGAGCAAAGACUUCACAAUUUAAGGGUAUUUCUAGUUCUUGAUGAUGUGGAUCACUUAGUCCAAUUAGAAAAGCUAGCUGGAAAAGGUGAUUGGUUUGGUUUAGAAAGUAGAAUCAUCGUAGCAACAAGAGAUAAACAUUUACUUGUUGCACAUGGAGUUGAUUCAACAGACCAAGUGAAUGAGUUGAAUCAUAAUGAAGCUCUUCAACUUUUUAGUUGGCAUGCCUUCAAAAAUGACGAACCUAGUGACGAUUUUUUGGAACUAACAGAAGAUGCAGUAUGUUAUAGUGGAGGAUUGCCACUAGCUUUAACACAAAAAAAACUUAGAAUAAGUUUUGAUGGAUUGGAUGAAAAUGCGAAGAAUAUUUUCCUUGACAUUGCAUGUUUCUUCAAAGAAGAAAAUGUAGAAUAUGUUACAAAAAUACUAGAUUGUUGUGGUUACUACUCAUAUAGUGGCAUCGAAGAGCUAAAGGAUAAGUGUCUCAUAACUCAGUCUUAUAGAUCAUUGGAGAUGCAUGAUUUACUGCAAGAAAUGGGUAGAGAAAUUGUUCGACAAGAAUCACCCAAAGAACCUGGUCAGCGUAGUAGAUUAUGGUUUCAUGAAGAUGUUAGUCACGUCCUUGAAGGAAAUACUGGAACAAACAAAGUUGAGGGCAUAUUGAUAGAUUUGCCUAAACAAGAUCUCAUACGCUUGAGUCCCGAAGCUUUUGAGAAGAUGAAAAUGCUUAGAAUGCUUAUAAAUCGUGGUGCACACUUUUUUGAAGAGCCUAAUUUUCUCUCUAACGAGUUAAGAUUGCUUGAUUGGCCCGAAUAUUAUGGAGAAUCUUUGCCAUCUAAUUUUUGUGGACAGAACCUUAGUGUUUUAAGAAUGCCUUAUAGUCACCUCAAGGAAUUGGAGGCAGUCCAGCAUUUCCAAAACUUGACAUUUAUGGAUUUCUCUUAUUGUAAAUUCCUUAAAACAAUCCCGGAUGUUUCAAGGAUUCCAAAUUUAGAGAAGUUGUAUCUUAUUGGUUGCAAAAAUUUACUUGAGGUUCAUCAUUCUGUUGGAUUCCUUAAUAAGCUCAUUGAUUUGUGUCUUAUUGACUGCUCUAAUCUUAGGAGUUUUCCUAGAAGACUCAAGUUGAGAUCUCUAGAGUAUCUUCUUCUAUAUGGUUGCUCAAAGCUUAAGUACUUUCCUAAAAUUGAGUGUCAAAUGGAAUGUUUAAAGUUAAUGGACUUUAAAUAUACCAGAAUUGAGGAUCUACCUUCACCCAUUGGGUACCUUGUUGGGGUUAAAAAAUUAUACCUAGAGGGUUGCACAAACCUUAAGAAUCUUCCAGAUAAUAUUCAGGUGUUGCAACAUUUAGAGUAUCUUUCUCUCAAUGGUUGUACUGGUAUAAAAGAACUACCUUCAUCCACUGUGUACCUCGUUAGGAUUAAAGGAUUAUAUCUAGAAGGUUGCACAAACCUCAUGAAUCUCUCAAAUGGCAUUUAUCGAUUGCAACAUUUGCAGGACCUUACUUUGAAUAAUUGCAAGCAACUUCGAGAAAUUCUAGAACUUCCACCACAUGUAAAAUAUGUGAACGCCAUGGGGUGCGUGUCAUUGGAUAUAUUUUUAGAAGAACAUAGAAGAUCGUCGUUGAUUCUUGGAAAAAAUGUCCUAACAGAAUCAGUUACCUCCAUUCCACGUUAUUGUCCUUUCAACAGUUUGGAAUAUUUAAAUUUGUCAAGUACCGCUAUUGUUAGCCUUCCUACCUGGUUCAAGAGAUUUGUUGGAUUGAAGCAACUACACUUGGAAGAUUGCAAGCAACUUCGAGAAAUUCCAGAGCUUCCAAAAAAUAUAAAAUUUGUCCAAUUGCCGUGAACUGCGUCAGAAUAUAGGGAAUGAUGUGCAAAUUCGAUUAUUGAGUGAGGGUCAUCCUAAGGAGCGUCGAUUUGUCUGAAUAUUUCCAUGAAAUAAGAUUUCAGUUUGGUUCAACACGAUUGUAAAGAUGUUUCAAGUAGUAAUUGUUGUGAAAUAGAUAGUAAUUGUAAAGAUGUUUCGGAUAGUAAUUUGGAACCAGAAGAGAAUACUAGAUUUGCUUUCUCUGUUGUUAUUGGAACAAAAGAUGUACAAGAUGGGGAUUCUUUUUGAAUUCUAGCUUGUUGAAGUCAUCUAUGAUCGUCAAGA